AUGGCCUCCAACGCUGGACUUUUUUCUUUUUCUUCUCAAACAGAACCAUCGACGGACCUGUUGGCAGGUUCGUCGUGGGCCACGACAGUAGAAGGAUCACAGAACUUUCGAGAUUUCUCAGACAAUGGAUCCGCCCAUUCCGGAGAAGCCGAGGAGUUCAUUUUCACAUCUGGCCAUGCUACACCCCGAGGAACCCGGGUGCUCUCCCAAGGAAACUGGUCCAAUUCCAGGACUAUCGCUUCAGUGACCCAAGGUGGACAAGCCAUGUCCAGGGUUAGCUCUAGCAGGUCUAGCGGCUCCUCGCUAUCACAAUCAUCACAUCUGUCCAACAUGGACUUCACAGGUAAUGCUUCUGCUCUUCAGACAGGAAACCAAGCCGGAGCUACCAUGCAUGGAAUUGAUACUUGCCUCCUGGACCCCAUCGAUGGCAUUGAGAACCAGAUGUACUGGCCCGGAUACUCUUUUGACGGUGGAUUGAACGGCGAUGCCACGUUUUCCCUUCCCGGUGCUAGCCCUCUGCAUGUUGUCCCAUCUCACAUGCAGCAUGGCCCUGAUGUUUCCCUUGCCGAGAACUCUCCCCCUAGCCCUUGGGACUGCUUCUCCAGCUCCAUCUCUCGUUCAUCUUCCCCCAACACCAUUGAGGACUUGUGGUUCCCUAACCAGAGCCCCAACUCCUCUCCUCAGAUCCAGUGCCAGUCACCAAGCAAAUUCGUUGACUCCCACUUGAAGCCCUACCGCUGCAAGGCCGAGUCGUGCGAGGGCGCCCGCUUCUCGUCGACUGCUUGCCUCCUCCGCCAUGAGCGCGAGGCCCACGGACUCCAUGGCCACGGCGACAAGCCUUUCCUUUGUGUUUACGAGGGCUGUGAGCGUGCUGUUCCUGGAAACGGAUUCCCUCGCCAGUGGAACUUGCGCGACCACAUGAAGCGUGUUCACAACGAUCACGGAAGCUCUAGUGGCUCACCUACAACUGGACCUGCUCAGCCCGCCAAGGGACGUAAGCGCAAGACUGAGACUUCCGAGGCCCAGACUUCCAACAGCCGCAAGGCGGCUGUCAAGUCCAUGCCUCCUCCCCCGGAGCCUAAGGAGAACUUGACCCAGCCUCUUCUUGACCAAUGGAUGGAGCACCGCAAGGCCGUGGAGAGCCUCAUGCGAAGCGUUGUCAAGCCUGAGGAUGCCCAGAACCUUCAGCACAUCGGAACCAUGCAGAGCCGCCUCAACUCUAUGAUGAAGUUGACUACGGACCUCAAUGCCAUCAACAACCCUGGAAACACCCUUGUUGGUACUGGCUGA